UUUGUUUAUUUAGAUGUCAAUGUCAAAGCUUCCACCCUUAUGUUUAUAUAAAAGAAAAUUUAAAAAAAGCUACUAAAUUGUUAAAGACACAAACUCCAUUUUUAAGAAACGACCAUUAAAGCAAGAUGUUAAAACCGAAAGUACUAACCCAAGUCUUGAGCCAAGCAAAUACUGGUGGUGUAGAAAAUACUCUUCUAGUGAACCAGGAAGGGCUUCUGUUAGCUUACAGUGGUUAUGGGGAUAAAAACGCUAGAGUUACUGCAGCUAUAGCUAGCAAUAUAUGGAGUAAAUAUGAAAGAAAUGGAAAAAAUUCUCUAAGAGAAGACCAGCCUGAUAUUAUUUUAAUGGAGUUCCAAGAAGGAAGGAUUGCUAUAACCCAAGUGGCAAACGUUUUACUAUGCCUUUAUGCUAAGAACUCUGUGGGUUUUGGCAUGUUAAAGCAAAAAGCAUAUGCCCUGGCCUCGUACCUAGAAGGACCGCUCAAACAAGUUGCCACUUCUUAGCAUAUUUAUUUCUAAGGAGAGAGUGAGAACUAUUUAUGUUUUAUGUUAAGUAAGAAAUUUAUUAAUUUGUAUUCUACAUAUGUUUAUAAUAUUUUUUGUAUUGUUAUUGAGUCUGUUUGAUUUGAAUAGAAUAUUAUUACAAUAGGAGUUCAAAUAACAAUAAAUCAAAUCUUAUAAUUUUAA